GAAAAAAAAAAAAUUGUUGGGCCAAAUCUCUCUAUUUUUCUUGCGUAGUAGAUGCUGAUUGUCUGAAUAAUAUCGGUCCUCCUCUCCAUAUCUCUCUGAGAAUCUUGUCUUUGCCAAUCCUGUGUGGAGAAGAACAAUGAGCGGGGCAUCGUCCGAGGAAUCUCCCGAUUCAACUCAGCGGAUCGAUUCAUUCAACGACGAGCAGAGAGUCUACUUCGUCCCCUUGAGGUGGUGGAAAGAUGCCCAAGAUUCAAUGUCUUCUGAAUCAGUUGAAAAAAGAGAGAUCUUGUAUACAGCCACAACUGGGUCGUCUUAUGGAGGCCCGAUGAAGUUGAUUAAUAACAUCUUUAACUCCGAUAUUUUGUUCGAUCUGAGGAGAGAAGGAGAUGCUUUACAGAACGGUGAAACGGGAGAAGCAAGCGUCUCAGGCAGGGAUUUUGCUUUGGUCUCAAGUGAUAUGUGGCUACAGGCUCUAAAAUGGCACCAUGAUGAUAAAAAUACUGAAAGAGGUGUAAAAAGUUUCUCAGCUGGAGGAGUUGACAGAGGUGAUGUUUAUCCAGUACAACUUAAGCUCUCCGUCUUGCAGGAAACCAAUUCACUAGCAGUUAAAAUUUGCAAAAAGGACAAUUCAGUUGAGUGCUUCAGAAGAGCAUGCAAGAUAUUCAGUUUGGAUUCUGAGCAGCUGCGCAUAUGGGAUAUUUCUGGCCAAACGACCAUGUUUUUCGAAAGUGAUGUGAACAAUUCCAAGGAUUGUCAACAACAAGCAGAUCAAGAAAUGCUCUUAGAGCUGCAGAUUUAUGGGUUAUCAGACUCUAUAAAAUUAAAGGAAUCGAAAAAAGAAGAUGGUUCCACACAGCAAACCAACGGAAUUGCCAAUGGCAUUAAUGGUGGCACAUCAUUCAGGUUUGGACGGAGUAAUUCUUUGAGCUUUUUGGGAAAAGCUGGAGAAGCGGGAACUUUGGGGUUGACAGGCUUGCAGAAUCUAGGAAAUACUUGUUUCAUGAACAGUUCCCUUCAGUGCUUGGCUCACACACCAAAGCUUGUUGACUUUUUUCUUGGAGAAUACAGUAGAGAAAUAAAUCUCGACAACCCAUUAGGAAUGAAAGGUGAGAUCGCCUUAGCUUUUGGUGACUUAUUAAGAAGUUUGUGGGCUCCAGGUGCAUCAACAGUGGCCCCAAGGACAUUUAAAGCAAAACUUGCUCGAUUUGCUCCUCAGUUUAAUGGCUUCAAUCAGCAUGAUUCGCAGGAACUUCUUGCUUUCUUGCUUGAUGGACUCCACGAGGACUUAAACCGUGUAAAGAACAAGCCUUAUGUGGAAGCAAAAGAUCGAGAUGGCCGUCCAGACGAAGAAGUAGCUGAUGAAUAUUGGAGAAAUCAUGUGGCUCGCAAUGAUUCAAUAAUUGUUGAUGUGUGCCAAGGCCAAUACAAGUCAACAUUAGUUUGUCCUAUUUGCAAAAAGGUUUCUGUUAUGUUUGAUCCAUUCAUGUACCUAUCGCUACCUUUGCCAUGCACGUCAAUGCGAACAAUGGAUUUAACAGUCAUGAGUGCUGAUGGUGGUAGUCUGCCUGUCUCAUUGACUGUCAACGUUCCCAAGUUUGGAAAAUUUGAAGAUCUUCAGAAGGCUCUUGUCACUGCCUGCUCUUUACCAUUGGAUGAGACUUUACUGGUUACUGAGGUAUACAACAAUCGGAUUCUUCGCUUCCUGGAGGAUCCUACAGAUUUAUUAACCUUGAUCAGGGAUGGUGACAAACUUGUUGUAUAUCGGUUAAAGAAAGACGCAAACAAUUCUCCUUUGAUUGUGUUUAUGCAUCAGAAACUGGAAGAGCAGUUCAUCUGUGGAAAAUCAAGCCCAACUUGGAAGGCAUUUGGAAUCCCCUUGGUCUCGAGGCUUAGUGAUGUGGAGAAUGGAUUUGAUGCUGAGAGCCUGUACUUGAAGUUGCUUAGUUCAUUUAAGAUGCCUACUGAAUUCUUCACAGAGAAUCUUGAAAAUCCGAUUGAAGAAGAAGCCACAGAUAAAGCAGGUACCGAUGGUACUACUUCGGUUGAGGAUUCAAAUUCCAGUGAUGUGAAGGAGACUACUGAGUCUCUUCCAGACCCUGUGUUGAGGCUUUACCUAACCGACGACAGAGGAAACUCAAUAGAAUCUGAAAUAUUGAAAGAAAAGCCAGUAAAUAUUAAAUCCAAAAGGGUGAAUGUGCUUGCACGUUGGCCAGUAAAAGAGCUAGACGCUUAUGAUACUUGUCUUCUGAGUUCCUUACCUGAGGUUACAAAAUUUGGAACUAAGAGACCCCAGGAAUCUGUUUCGCUUUACAAGUGCCUUGAAGCAUUCUUGACGGAGGAGCCUCUUGGUCCUGAUGACAUGUGGUAUUGUCCUGGCUGCAAAGAACACCGGCAAGCCAUUAAAAAGUUAGAUCUUUGGAGGUUGCCAGAGAUCUUGGUUAUUCAUCUCAAGAGGUUUUCUUAUAGCCGGUUUAUGAAGAACAAGCUGGAGGCCUAUGUGGACUUCCCGCUAGAUGAUCUUGAUCUAUCAAGCUACAUCUCCUACAAGAAUGGGCAGACGACUUAUCGUUACAUGCUCUAUGCUAUUAGCAAUCACUAUGGGAGCAUGGGAGGUGGUCAUUACACUGCAUAUGUCCACCAUGGAGGUGAUCGAUGGUAUGACUUUGAUGAUAGCCAUGUUCACCAAAUCAGCCAAGAAAAGAUCAAGACCUCAGCUGCUUACGUUCUGUUCUAUAAACGUCUAGUAGAAGGCUAAUGAAUCAGAAGCGGAAAAGACAAGAAAGAGGUAUGUGCAGUUUUGCCACUGUAAAGGGUAGCUUAUUUAAAAGCUGAUCCUUAUUCACUACAAGAUCAAGAUCAAAGCAGCUCUGUAUUGAGGCUGAUUUACAGGAUAGAAAGCGAGAGAGAGAGAGAGAGAGAUUAGAGAAGAAGAGCAGAAGCCCGAGAGGACAUGUUGCGGGGCAUUCAUUUUAUUUAUACAAAAAUUGGUGUCUGAUUAUUUCAUUUAACUAUAUUUAAGCUAGAGUAGACGAAUAGAGAAAUGCUUUUGAACAAAACCCUUGCGGGAUAUGUUUUAACUGUUGUUUAGUUUUUGUGUGUCAGUUGGCUCUUGACCAAGAAGAUUAAAGAAGCAUCUACUUUCUCAACUGAUUAUUU